UUCAUAAAAGUUUCAUUGAAUGUUUCAAUAAUACUUCCAAUAACACUGCUAGCCUAGUUUAUUUGUUUUGCACUCAGAGCACCGACAGGACACAUGGAAAUGAAUAGGUAUUAGUCACUCAAACACAUUUAUUUUUUAUAGGUGGCACUUCAGUGAGAUUCGAACCUAAAGAUCUUCUGUUCUUUAACCAUGGAAUUUGUCCACUAUGCCAAAAGGAAGGGGCUACGGUGUAAUUUUAUUUUUACUCAUACAAAGCCGUAUAUUUUUGUCUAUUCAAACGGAACCCAUUUCAAUGGAAACAAGCACUCAUUAAGAUCAGGUGUGGCCAAUUAAUGUGUGCAGCCCACACACCUGAACACACGUAACAAGAUAUAGAGUUUAGUGUACAUGUUUUUGAAUAACAAUAGUACAAUUAUUUUUGAAUGUUACUAAGGUUUUCGUGGAACGUUUUCUGAAUGUUCUGAGAACAUGACUUUAAAUAGAAACAUGAGGAAACCUGCAAAAAAACUAUGUUGAAGUACUGAAAUUCCCACAGAAGAAUGCUGUUUCUUAAUGUUCUCUGAACAUUCUGAGAACAUGACUUACAUAAAACCACGAGGAAACCUGUAGGAAACAUACUGAAGUAGUCUUACUGAAAUUCCCAACUAAGAAACAUAUGGUUCUCAGAACAUUAUGUGCUAGCUGGGUUGGUUGUAAAAUAAAGCGGAACUUAAAGUGAGUAACUGAAGGACUUGACCACAAUUCUGUAAUAUCUAAUAUUGUUUCCAACACGCUUGAGAAUGCCAAGGCGGGCAUUUAUUAUCUUAUCGAAUAUCCACAGUUAAAGGCCUACUUUCACUUUUAAAGUAAGCAGUUCUUUUUGUUUUCUUCAGCAUAACAACAUUGAUAGGCUACGUGUGUUGUCAUUGUUUCUUGAUGGAUGUGUCUGUGUGGUUUGUUUAGGAACAGAAAACGAAUUAAAAGGAGGAUGGGGUGUGUGUGGCUGGUGACGGUGUAUGUGGUGUGUGUGUGCCUUUGGGGUCAGAGCGAGUCCGACAGGACCAACCAGGCCUCUCCCAUCCAUCUGCAGGUUGGCAAUGGAGCCUCAGAACUGUGUAUGAUAGAUGUGAUUCUGUGCCAGGAUGAGAAUGCGUUGCUGAGUUUCGAGGCGAUCCGUAGCAUCCACAAACUGAUGGAUGAUGAUGCGGAUGGAACCGUGGACAUGAGCGAGACAGACGGGUUCCUGAGGGAGGAUCUGAAGUACCAUGACCCCAAAGGGAAACACAACAGUUUCCAUGGAGCAGACCUGCUCAUCAGUGUAGAGGACAUGUGGAACGUAUGGAGGGCCUCGGACGUGUACAACUGGACAGUGGAGGAGGUGGAGGACUGGCUCAUACACUAUGUGGAGCUCCCUCCGUAUGUGGACAUCUUCAAGAAGCACAAUCUGGACGGAAGGGCCUUACCCAGGUUGGCAGUAAAGAACAUCACUCUCACUCUGUCCAUUCUGAAGAUUAUUGACCGGAGUCACGCCCAGAAACUACAGCUGAAAGCAAUGGACACCGUGCUGUUCGGACCACCACUCAUGAGCAGACACAGCUACCUGAAGGACCUGAUGUUGGUGGUCUCCAUAGUGAUGGCGCUGGGUGGCUGCUGGUUUGCUUACAUCCAGAACCGUAGCUCCAAAGACCACCUGGGCAAGAUGAUGAGGGACUUGGAGGGCCUACAGAGAGCAGAGCAGAGCCUGCAUGACCUGCAAGAGAAGUUGCAGAUUGCCCAGGAGGAGCAUCGUAGUGUGGAGGUUGAGAAGGUAACGUUGGAGCAACGUCUGAGGGACGAGAUCAACGAAGCCAAGCAAGAGGCCCAGAGACUCGGUAAGCUACGGGAGGGAACAGAGAACGAGUGGAGCAGGCAGAAAUACGCUGAGGAAGAGCUGGAUCAGGUCCGUAUGGCCCUGAAGAAGGCAGAGCGGGAGCUGGAGUCUCGGGCCUGCUGGUCUCCCCCUGAUGCCCUUAAGACCUGGCUGCAGCUGACCCAUGAGAUAGAGGUCCAGUACUACAACAUCAAGAAACAGAGCGCUGAGAAACAACUACUUCAGGCCAAAGAAGGGGCUGACAAGAUCAAGAAGAAGAGGAGCACCCUGUUUGGGACGUUCCAUGUGGCUCAUAGCUCCUCCCUGGACGACGUUGAUCACAAGAUCCUGACUGCCAAGCAGGCUCUAGGUGAGGUGACGGCUGCUCUGAGGGAGAAACUUCACCGCUGGCAGCAGUUGGAGUCUCUUACAGGCUUACCAUUGGUCAAUAACCCCGGUCUGCCCGCCCUGGCUGCUGCCCUCAACCUAGACCCCGCCUUCCUGGGCCUGCACCCACCGACCCCGCAGCACCUAAUCCUAUCAGACGAUUUAGACGACAUGGACGAGGAUAUCCUCUCCCCAGGGACGCUGCGGUACGCGGCCUGGCAGAUGGACCGGCGAGUGAGUGACCUCUGGCCAAUGAGCGGCAUCUCCGACAGCCAAUCCCCAUGGAAGUAUUCUGCUCCCAGCCUGAUGCCCCUGCGACAGCGCCCGGGAGACCCCUCACUGGCCCUGGGCUAUCAGAGGGAUCUGAACUGGCCUGACUCAGACCCCUCCCUCUUCCGGUCCCAGAGCCAAUCACAGCGCACCUCCAUAUCUAAGACCCUCCCACCAAAGCCCCUCACCCAGCAGGGCCACAGCUCCAAUGGGAGCAGGGCUCCCAUUGACAGCCCCCUGAUGAUGUCAUACGGCCUGGAGAAGAGCUCCAGUCUCGGGGAGCUCCGCGGCGGAGGAAGUCCCGCCCUCGCCCCUGCUUACUCCACACACUCCCUAUCCCCCGCCUCCUUUGACCCUGAUGCACGGUCGGGGAAGGAGGACAGCCGUAUUCCGCACAUGCAGGCAAAGAAGAGCCCCCUGGAAGAGGACAGCUGUUUCACGGGUGAAGAGAUCGACUUGGGCAACGAGCGCAAGAAACACACCUUCAAGAUAUUCAAGAAGAGGAAGUAGGCGUAAAAUCACUCUGUCCUCACAGGGAGGCACCACAGAGAAAGAGCUACACUCCCGCUGUUCACACUAUAGGCUAGCAUACCACUUAGAAUAAACCAGUGUAUUGGGCAUGCAUUCGAAGGGGUCUACAACUAGUAUGGAUAUUAGAACAUGGCUGUGGACUAAGAAUAAAUAAGUGACAUGGUCUAAAGACAUAUAACUAAAUUACAUGAAUUAAAGAAAAAUAAAUAAGUUGCAUGGACUAAAAACAAAAAAAGAAAUUACAUAGACUAAAGAAAAAUAAAUAAGUUACAUGGACUAAAGAAGACCUAGAUAAAUGGCAUUUACAUGGAUGCGCUUCUCGUCUAAUGCCUUAUCGGAGGUGUCUCUCUCUGGACAUACCAGUUCAACUCCCACUCUUUUCUAACAGCUCUUUGCUUUUUAUACAGCGUUACCGCUGUAGCUUUAAAACAGAGUAGGCCAAGCCUUGAAGAAAUGUUUAAAGCUGUAAAUGCGAAUGCCGCAAUAGUUAAAGAUAUUAUUUAUAAAGUUGUUUGUGACCAUACAGGCCAGCAAGGUUUUAUUUUAUAUUAUUUUUGUAAUUUCUAAUUUCAUGGGUACUUAAGUGUUUUUAUUUUUUUGUAUUUUAUGUUUUGAAGGGGGUUUGGUACUUUACUUUUCCGGAGGCUGUGGGUACAGAUAGAUCACAUAUGUUCAAUAUUUAUAUAUUUGAAUGGAGUUGAUUCCAGUCAAAAGUUUUGGCACACCUACUCAUUCAAGCGUUUUUCUUUAUUUUUACUGCUUUCUACAUUGUAGAAUAAUAGUGAAGAAACCUAUGAAA